AUGGCGGGCAAGCGUGUCGUCGUGAUUGGCCACGGCCCCAUCGGCCAUGCCUUCAUUGAGAAGCUUGCAGAGAGGGAGGCCGGCUUCACCAUCACCGUGCUUUGUGAGGAGCCUCGUCCAGCAUACAAUCGCGUCAUGCUGACGCAGUACUUCCUGGACCGAGAUGGCGACCAGCAUGACCAGAUGAAGUUGUCCUACUGGAGCGAGGAGGACCUGAAGAGCAAGAGCGUGAAGCUUGUCUACGGCCGCGCAACCAGCAUCGACCGCGAGAAGAAGUCGGUGGCAUUUUCCAAAGUCUGCCAUGGCGGCAGCUCCGCUGACGCAGAGGCAGGUUCCGUGGAGUACGACGUCCUCGUGCUUUGCACCGGCAGCUUCUGCUUUGUUCCUCCAACUCCCGGCUUCAUCUUGCCGGAGAAGAAGAACCCACAGUGGCCGGACGACCCUGCCUCCCGCCCGGAGGGCGUCUUCGUGUACAGGACCAUCGAGGAUCUUGAGGCUCUCAUCGCUGCCUCAAAGAAGGCCUCCAAGAAGCGCGCCGCUGUGAUCGGAGGCGGUCUCCUGGGCCUGGAGGCCGCGAAGGCCGUGUUUGAUCUUGAGAUGGAAAGCCACGUGGUGGAGAUGGCCCCAUACCUGAUGCCUACGCAGCUGAACGAGGAAGGUGGCAGGGCCCUGGAGCGGAAGAUCAGCAACCUCGGCAUCCAGGUGCACAGCGGCGCGAAGAUCCAGGAAGCCGUCCUGGAGGAUGGCAAGGUGACGGGCUUGAAGUUCAUCCCUCACGGCCAAACGGAGCCGACGAUCUUGGACGUGGACAUGGUGGUGGUCUCCUGCGGAGUCCGCCCCCGCGACGAGCUGGCCCGCGGCUGCGGCCUGGAGGUGGGCCAGAGGGGAGGCGUCAAGGUCGACUCAGCCUUGUGCUCCUCGGAUCCUUCCAUCUACGCCUUGGGGGAGGUGGCCUCGAUCCAGGGCGCCUUCUGCUACGGCUUGUGGGCUCCCGGAGUCGACCAGGCGGAGGCCUUGGUGAAGAACCUCGUGGAGGGACCUGAGAGCGCCAGCUACGAGAAGAGCGACUUGAGCACCAAGCUGAAGCUCCUGGGAGUGGACGUGGCCUCCUUCGGCUCGGACGAGAGCUUCUGGUUCAAGCGCAAGUUCGAUGGCAAGGACCCGGAGGUGCUGAACGUGGAGUGCAGCAGCGCCGUGGAUGGCUCUUACCGCCGGCUGUGCUUCACCAAGGACGGCCAGAAGCUGGUUGGCGGCGUCCUCGUUGGGGAUGCCAAGGACUACCCAAAGCUGCUGCAGCUCUGCAAGAAGGGCGACCUGGGCGGCUCCGACCCCGAAAGCCUGGCCUUCCGCCGACCUCCGCCAGGCCAAGGAGCAGUGGCCAAUGACGGCGGAGAUGGCACGGGCAUUGCGGAGGACGACGUCAUCUGCACCUGCUUGAACGUGACCAAGGGCGAGGUGGUCAAAGCCAUCAAGGACAAGGAUUGCAUGACUGUGCCUCAGAUCAAGAAGUGCACAAAGGCCGGUACGGGCUGCGGUGGCUGCUGCACUCCAGUCGGCGAGGUUCCGAAGGUGCUCUCAGCGACGCUGAAAGCACUGGGCAAAGAGGUCAAGGCUGGAAUCAGCGACUGUUUCCCAUACACCCGCCAAGAGCUCUUCAACAUCUUCCGCAUCAAGGAGAUUAAGACCUUUGAGGAAGCCGUUGAGAAGGUGGCCGUGGGUGGCAAUGGCAGCGAGGUGGACAAGCCAGUGAUCGCUUCAAUCCUGGCCAACAUUUGGAAUGACAACGUGCUGACAGGCAACCGUGAUCAAAUUCAGGAUACCAACGACCGCUUCUUGGCCAACAUCCAGAAAACAGGCACCUACUCCGUCAUUCCCCGCUGCCCCGGUGGCGACAUCACGCCCGACGAGCUGAUCGCCAUUGGCACCACCGCCAAGAAGUACGGGCUCUGGACGAAGGUCACGGGUGCCCAGCGCCUCGGCAUGUACGGAGCCCCGGUGCAUGAGCUGCCCUCCAUCUUCAAGGACCUGGUGGACGCCGGCUUGGAGUCUGGCCACGCCUACGGCAAGGCGCUGCGCACGGUGAAGAGCUGCGUGGGAAGCACGUGGUGCCGAUAUGGGCAGCAGGACUCGGUGAGCAUGGCCUGCACUCUGGAGAACCGCUACAAGGGCUUGCGUGCACCUCACAAGAUCAAGAUGGCGGUGUCUGGCUGCCUCAGAGAAUGCGCCGAGGCACAGGGCAAGGACGUAGGCUGCAUCGCCACCAACAGCGGCUACAACCUCUAUCUUUGUGGCAACGGGGGAGCCAAGCCUCGGCACGCGCAGCUCCUUGCGUCCUCAAUCGAUGAGGAGACGUGCCUCAAGUACAUCGAUCGAUUCCUCAUGUUCUAUUGCAGCACGGCUAAGCACCUUCAACGCACAGCACCAUGGCUCGAAGAGCUCCCUGGUGGAAUCGACUACUUGAAGAAGGUCAUCGUGGACGACUGCCUCGGCAUUUGCGGAGAUCUGGAGGUGUUGAUGCAGCGCAACGUGGAGGCAUACAAGUGCGAGUGGAAGGAGGUGGUCUACGACGAGGGCCUGCAGAAGAAGUUCACGCAGUUCGCCAACACCGCGGAGACCCUGGACACCGAGCAGGUGGAGUACGUGAACAUGCGGAAGCAGCGCCACCCAGCCACCUACGACCUCCCAGACAUCAAGGGCGAGGCUGCUUUCUCCAAGGAGACGGCUCCGGAAAGCUGGGAGUGGUACCCUGCGGGCAAGGUGCAGGACUUCCCGCGCUGCAGCGGUCUCGCAAUGAAGCAUGGGGAUGCCGAGGUCGCCGUCUUCAACCUGUCUCACCGCAAAGAUGAAUCGGGGAGGUGGUUCGCAACCCAGAACCUCUGUCCCUUCAAGCAGGUGCGGGUGAUCUCUCGCGGUCUAGUGGGAGAGCCAGCUAGCGGUGCGAUCACAAUCGCUGAUCCAGUGUACAAGACGGUCUAUGACUUGAGAACUGGACAGGGCAUCACCAGUCCGGACCUCAACCUCUCCACGUUCCCGACGCGCGUUGCUGCCGACGGCACGGUGGAGGUGAAGCUGCCGUCACCGGAGGAGUAUGCCAAGGCCCUCCAGACGAAGGCCCGCAAGGCGGUUGAGGAGGCCGGGGUGAAGGCCGCGAAGUUCGCGAAGGUCAUGGGCAAGUCCAAGCCCUUCGACGCCAACGGCAAGCACAUCGCCUUGGAUUGGUAA